CUCAAGGCGGAUUUGGCACUUCUGAAGGAGAAGGUUCAGCGCCUUUGGGGGCGGGAACGGGGACGCUCCGCCCUCCCGUCCCAUCACUCGCUGUGCUCCAGCAGUCGAGCGGCAGCGUGGGUGGGUUGGCAAUGGUUGGGAGGUAGCGCGGCGCGGGUCUCCAUUUUUCCCAUUGCCAGGGCGGGUGGGCGAGGCCUCGGGGAGGGCCAGGCCAUGGCGGCCCUGGAGGUUCUGAAGCUGCGCGGCAGCGGGCGCUUGGCGCUCGGGCUGCUGAUCAACCUGACGGCCUCCAUCUGCAUCGUCUUGGUCAACAAAUGGAUCUACGUGGAGUACGGCUUCCCCAACAUGAGCCUGACCCUGGUGCACUUCGUCAUGACCGGCCUGGGCCUGUGGCUCUGCCAGGCGCUCGGCGUCUUCUGCCCCAAGAGCCUGCGGCCCAGCCGGAUCCUGCUGCUGGCGCUCAGCUUCUGCGGCUUUGUCGUCUUCACCAACCUGUCCCUGCAGAACAACACCAUCGGCACCUACCAGCUGGCUAAGGCCAUGACCACGCCGGUCAUCAUAGGCAUCCAGACCUUCUACUACAGGAAGACCUUCUCCACCAGGAUAAAACUAACAUUGAUCCCUAUUACGUUGGGUGUAGUUCUGAACUCUUACUUUGAUGUGCAGUUUAAUUUUCUAGGAAUACUUUUUGCAACUCUUGGUGUUUUGGUUACUUCUCUAUAUCAAGUGUGGGUAGGAGCCAAACAACAUGAACUACAGGUGAAUUCUAUGCAGCUCCUAUACUACCAGGCUCCAAUGUCCUCUGCCAUUCUUAUGUUUGUUGUUCCCUUUUUUGAACCAGUGAUUGGAGAGGGAGGAAUUUUUGGAAAAUGGUCUGGUACAGCAUUGAUGAUGGUACUGCUUUCUGGAAUAAUUGCCUUCCUGGUGAAUUUGUCAAUUUACUGGAUCAUUGGAAAUACCUCACCUGUUACAUAUAAUAUGUUUGGACAUUUCAAGUUCUGUAUCACCCUUCUUGGAGGAUACAUUUUGUUUAAAGAUCCUCUUUCAAUUAAUCAAUGUUUGGGAAUUUUGUGUACAUUAUGUGGCAUUUUAUGUUACACACAUUUCAAACUUGGUGAACAAGAAGAAGAAAAGAGCAAAUUGGCACAAAGGCCAUAAGAAACCUCUUCUAACACAUAUAAUAUUUUUAAUGUGCUGCUAAUUAGCUCUUGAUCUUAGAUAUUUCAUAAGUAUUACAUCACUGAUAAAGUGGAAGACUAGCAAUUAAAUACUACAAUUUUAAUCACAGGAAGGAGUUUGCAUUUCAUUAAAAUUUCAGUUUUCAUGUGCCAUCAUUGUAUUUAAGCAUUGCCUAUUUUUAAGAAUGAUCUUUACUGAUAGCCUGAAUAAACUGGACCCGAUGCAGGACGUCUUUAGAAUUAUAGAAAUUCAUGGGACAAUGGGCCAUUUGGCCCACCGUGCCCAUUGCCAAACAAAGUUAGAGCUAUUUAGUUUAUUCCCAAUUCCCAACUCUUUCUGCAGCCUUGUAGAAUAUAUCUCUUUGAGUGCUCAAACAGGUACUUUUCAAAUGUGAUGAGGGUUUCUGCCUCCCUUUCAGGUACAGAGUUCCAGACUUCAUUAUUUUCCUCACUUCCCCCUUCUAAUCCUGCCAAUUUACUAAAUCUGUGUCCUCUAGCUACCAGUUUCUUUGUCAAGGGAAAUUGGUCCUUCCUCUUCACCUUGUCCAGGCCUCUCUAAAUUUAAUCAGCUCAAUUAAAUUAACCUCCCCAUCUCCUUUGUUCCAAAUAAAACAACCUAAUCAGUCUCUCAACCAUAAUUUUCCAGCCCUGGCAACACUCUCAAAUCUCUAGGCCUGCUAGGGCUAGCAAAUGUUUGCUCUGGUUGGGUGACUCGAACUUUACAUGGUACUCUGGCUGUUUUAUGCAGUUCUACAGAACAGUCUAUUUGGAAGUAUGUUACUCAUGCCUUUAGUGGACUAACCUUGCAUCUAUAAAGUUCCUGAAUGAAUUUCUUUAAAAAUCAAAUGUUGUUUAAUCAUGUAUUUUCUGAUAAUGGAUACUUUCAAUUUAUGAUUUAAUAUUUUCAGACAUCUGAAACGUAUUUUGAAUGUCUAAAGUGCUGCGCAUUUUAUCAAUGAGGAUUGACAACAGAUAAAUAAUCUGGUUUUAUUGGUCUUAGUAACUGAGUGUAAUAAUUAAAUGAGUUGGCAUCAGUGUUGUGAUUUGUGGGCAAAGUUUGCAAGUUCCCUCUACAUGAAACAUCUUUAAUACAGAAUUUACAAAAGGGGAGGAAAGUAAUUCAUAUCCAUAUUGGAAUAGGUGGCCAGCCAAUAAGUACAAAUUAGAAAAUAUAGAAUCACUGUGGCUUUUUGGGGUGACAUAUACUGUGCAUCCUUUUAAGUUACAUGCAUCAGUCUGACAGCAACAGGCAAUUAACACUUGGAAUCUAUUCAGAAUUGAUUACAAUUAUGCAAUAAUAGAAAGUACAAUUUAUAAAAAAAUUCUUCUAAUCUAGCCCACUAUAAUUUUAACUGGAAAUGAUUUGGAAGGGAGGUAGUUUUGACCUCUCUAAAAAUAAUUGAUUGCAAUUGGCAUUAGAAAAAAUAUCAGCUAUUGAGCCAAGCUAUAACAGAAGGCUACUUAGUAAUAUUUGGGAUUGCUUGGCUUGGUUACACCAGCUGGUUCCUGGAACAUUGCAAGUUAAAAAUAAAACUUUUGGAACAGUUUUUAAACAAAGCUUUACAUUAUUAUAAUUCAUUGGCCAAAAAUCCAAGAGUGUACCAUUCUGUUUACUUGGUUUACACUGUCCAUUCAUUAGCCUCUGUGGAAAAAUAUUGAAUUUUAUGCAAGUAUCUGUAACAGUAAUCUGCUGUUGACAAGAAAUCUACUAGCCAGUAAAUAUCUUCUACUGUUUUUUUUAAAAAAUCUACUAAGUUGGUUAAACACAAAACAGCAGAGAACAUUGCAUAUAAAUUUGCUUUCCAUGUGAUACAAGUGCUUUUGAUAUUUCAGACUCAUUAAAAAAAUCUAAUUUAAUCACUAUCAUCAGUCCGUCAUUUUCCAUAUACACUAUUAGUUCUUUAAUGACCAAACUGAAUUUUAUUUUGCUACCUUUUACAACUUUAAUAAUAAAACUGUUUAAAAACAUUUUCUAAAUGUUUUUCUCAGUGCUGUGUAUUGCUAAAGUGAUAAACCCAAGGGAACAAAUGCAUUUUUGUUUAAAAGUAAAGAUAUUGUGUGAAACUUGACUGUUUGCAUACUUUAACUGUAAUACAGAUUAAAGAAAGUGUAGGCUUUAAGCCUGUGAUGUUUACAAUGUUACAAUGUCUAUAAAAUAUUAUAUUCAUAU